AGUAUUGCAUCAGACGAAGAUACAUAAAUCCCCCUUUCCCUUUCUCAAAUAUUGUUUAGCUUCUUCUUCUAAGAGUUUACUUUCCUGCAUUACCAUGACAAAGGAAAAGAACCAAAACACCAAGAAUAUUGACUCGAUUUCAGUUCCAGUUCAAGAUUCCCCUGAAAGAGAACGAAAAUGUAUUUAUCAUUUCUUUUUCUCUAAUGCAUUAUACCUCAUAUUAGUUCUCCUUUUAUCCAUUACCUUAACUCAUCCCGCAACAUUUUCCGUCCCAUAUAUCAUUCAUUUAAGUCUUCAUCUUAGGUUUAAUUUCAUGACGAUUUAUUUUUUCUUAACUGCUACCGUACUGUCUGCUACUCCUUACUUCUUGGGUGGGUCGAGGAAAGUCUACCUGGUGAAUUAUGCAUGUUACAAGCCCGAACCGGAUCAAAUGUGCAGCAAAGAGAUGUACAUGCAUUUCGCUGCGGCCACCAGAGCCUUCACUGAAGAAAGUCUAGCACUGCAGAAGAAGAUUCUGGAAAGAUCAGGGCUCGGUAACAAAACGUACGCUCCGAAGGCCUUGUUGGAGAUUCCUGCCCGGAGGAGUGUGGUAGAGGCCAGGAAGGAGACUGAGACUGUGAUGUUUGCAGUGAUUGAUGAGCUGCUGAAGAAAACUGGGGUGAAUCCUGGAGAUAUUCAGAUCCUUGUGGUGAACAGCAGCGUGUUCAAUCCGGUGCCUUCACUUUCCGCUGCUGUGGUUAAUCACUUUAAGCUUAGAGGAAAUAUUUUGAGUUACAAUCUGGGUGGCAUGGGCUGUAGUGCUGGACUAAUUUCUCUAUCCCUUGCUAAUGAUCUUUUACAGGUGAAUGGCAACUCAUAUGCACUGGUUGUUAGCACAGAGAACAUAAAUACCGGUUGGUAUGUUGGGAAUAAUGCAUCCAUGUUGCUGGCGAACUGUCUGUUUCGAACAGGCGGAGCUGCUGUUUUGUUAUCCAAUCGAUCUUCUGAUCAUGGACGCUCAAAGUACCAGAUCCUCCACACCCUCCGUACCCAUACGGGCGCCGAUGACCAGAGUUACAACUGUAUCUUUCAAGAGCUGGAUGAAAAGGGAGAAGUCGGUGUGAAGCUCCGACGAGAACUCAUAGCGGUGGCCGGGGAAGCCUUAAAAGCAAACAUCACGUUACUUGGGCGGAUGGUUCUCCCGCUCUCCGAGCAGCUCCUCUUCUUGGCAACCUCUAUAGCUAGAAAGGUUUUAAAAAUGAAUGUUAAUCCGUACAUCCCCGAUUUCAAGCUGGCGUUCGAGCAUUUCUGCAUCCACACUGGCGGGAAGGCAGUGUUGGAUAAGGUACAGAAAAGCCUUGACCUCACCGACCGACAUAUGGAGCCAUCAAGAAUGACUUUAUACCGGUUCGGCAACACUUCCAGUAGCUCUGUUUGGUACGAACUGGCUUACUCGGAGGCCAAGGGAAGGAUUCAGAAGGGUGAUCGAAUAUGGCAAAUUGGAUUCGGAUCAGGAUUUAAAUGCAAUAGUGCCGUUUUGCGGGCAUUAAGAAACGUUGAUCCAACCAAGCAGGAGAUUAAUCCUUGGAUAGAUGAAAUUGAUGAGUUUCCUGUGAGUGGCUAAACUCGCCUAUUUGGUUUUGAGUGAAACGAAGGGAGCAGAGGCGAGGGGGAGGAACAAUUAUUAUAGUUAAUUAAGUUAUUAUCUAGUUAAAGAAGUUAUCUACCCUCCACUUCGCUCCAUUUCCUCAAACUAAAUAAAAGGCUAAAUCAGUGGUAGUAAAAUUGGUUGCUUAUUGUAAAUAGUUAUUUUUUACUUUCUAAAAUAGUAUCAUGUAUUCCCAUGUUACAUGUAAAAUAUGGCUUAGCUGCUUUGUGACGAUUACCCAAAGGUUUGGUUCGCUGAAUCAAGUCGUUAUGGUUCC